ACAUACAUGCUUUGAAGUCAAUGUAACAUAUUUUUUUGCAUCUGAAUAGGCUGCUAUUCUUGUAAUAAUGCAAUGCGUUAACGGUGAAUUGUAAACAACGGCGUCGAAGAAAAGCAUGCUGACGAGGGGAAAUAUACGCAAUACCUUGACAUUUCGAGCAGAAUAUGUUAUCGAAGUGGAAUUAUGUUCAUGUGGCAAUAUAAUGAUGAAAUACACGCGUUGCUUCUAGAAAGUGCUUUAAUCUUGACCGAUGUCUGCUGAUAAUGAAAAGAAGACGGCGAGGAUCUGCGAGAAGAUAUUUUCUGUUAUUAGUGUUUUUAUAUCAGCUUUGUGCACUUAAAUUCAUGAGCGAUCAAUUUUGGGAGGCACGUCAAGCAAGUUCUGUAGAUAAUCCAGGAACUACUCCAGUAGAGAAUCUAACACUGUCUGCAGAGAGGAGAAACAGAGAACGCCAGGAAGGAAUAUGGAACGCUUGCAAGAAAAUGGGAUUCCAAAACUAUACGGAAGAAAUCAACAUCAGAGCUCACAUGACUCCAAAUCACAGCAUUUUGUACUGCCGAAUUAACAAAUGUGCAUCUACUUUCACUCUAGAAGUUAUUAGACGACUGUUUGACUGUGAUACAAAAUGUCUUAUCAAGUCAUCAAUUAACAUUAAGAAUGAGACGAAAGUCGCCUUUCAAAAAAUGAGCAAUGCGUUCUCUUUCAUCUUCGUCAGAGAACCAUAUCGUCGUUUAUUUUCAACGUAUGCCAAUCAGCUCUACUUGCCUAAGGAAGACUGGGUUAGUAAGGGUACGAAGAUUGUGAAACAGUUCCGUAAGAAUCCAUCUGGAAAGAGUCUGAAGUAUGGACAUGAUGUUACUUUUGCUGAGUUUAUAACUUACACGCUUGAGCGGUUUGAGAAAGGGGAGAAAUUGGAUGAGUUUGUUAGACCAAUGAACCACCGAUCUUGUAGUCCUUGUCAUUUUAAAUUUGACUUCAUAGGUAAAUUAGAAACAUUUCAGUCAGAUUGGAACUAUAUAGUUAAUCAAUUGAAUCUAAGAAACGCCACUGAGGUCAACCCGCAUGAUGUUGUAACAGAUGUUCAACAAUGGUCUAUACUUGGACCGAUAAAAAAUGUCCUACAUGCAAUAUCAGUAUUCCGCAAAUCUGGUAUUUCAUUGUAUAAUAUGUAUCUACGUGCCUGGACGUAUUAUCAGAUCAUUGGGUAUAUCUCUAAGCAAACUCCGAUGCCUUAUUCAAGGUCAGAGAUCAAGGACAUUACAACAGCCGAUAUUUUCAAAACUAUUCAUAACGCUAUUGAGUUAUCGGAAUCAGAUAGAGGUGUUAGUUCACAAAAUGAUGAAGCAAUGAUGCAAGCGUAUUCAACGAUAUCUUUAUAUGACUUGGCCAGAGUGAGAAAAAUGGUUGUAGAAGAUUGCAUUGUAUUUGGAUAUGACGAUAAACCGGAUAUGCUUUUUAAUAGGAGAACUAAAAGCCAAAGCAGAAAAUUUGAUUAUUUUAAAGGAAUGGGUUCUUGAUAAAGGCAAACAAAGCCGUGGUAUUCUACAAGAGAUACAUCUUUCUCGCUUUUAGCACGUCGCGUCAACAAUCGGCGUUCCAGUGGAAGAAGUUUGUGAUCUCAGUAUGAUGGCAUGGUUUAGCAAGAGACUGAUCUUUUCAAGACCAAACAAUCUAACAUUCGCCACUUCUCUUUUACGUGUUUAGUUUUCCAGUUCCUAUUGAUAGAUAGACAGGCUGACAUCUAAGUUGUUUCGAAAAUAGACAACGAUACUUACAAAAAUUAAUUUAUGGUAACAGUGUAAAUUUCAUUUUUAUUCGGUAAAAGCACUUAAUUCAAACAUAUGUUUUGAUUUUGAUAAAAUAAGAUUUCGGCAUAUGUCCAUAUGUUUAUGAAUAUUUGCACAAAUUACACGUGUCAUCACAUUAUGGUAGCAGGGUACACUUCGAAUUUUGGCCCCCGUCAAUAUUUGUUAUAAAUAGAACUUCGUGAUUUUGGAUGUCUGUAAAUUAAGGUGAGAGAUAAUGAUUAUUAAAUCUUUAGAAAACUUAUACAGCCGAUACAUGUAAAAUUCUGAUGUCAGUUGGAAAACUAACUGCUGGUAGCUUUGUAUGAUCAAUGAGACACCUUUUCGCAGAAAAAUUCAAAGCACGGAAGGGUUCUGUGCUUGUUGAUUGAUACUCAAGAACAUUUUCGUUAUUUUGUGAAGAAACGAGCUGGAUGGGCCCCCAUUCCGUUUAUGUCCUGACGUUCAGUAAUGACUAUUAAAUUGAGAAAUGCAAUAAAAUUGGACAUUGUUCCAGCAGCGGGAUCAUUAUUGGCUGUUCAAAAGGUGCAAAAUUGAUGAUUUUGGCAUGCUAUUUUUCAUGGAUGGUGUAAACCUUUCGUUUUGAUAACUUUCUUUAUUCUUGUAUGAGAAUCCUGAUCUUGCCAUUAAUUAAAAGCACAAAACAUGCAAGCAAUUUAUAAAAUGGCCACCCUGAUUCUGCUCAUAGGGGAAGUGCAAUAUUGCGACUCGCUACAUGUAAGACCGUCCGUGCCCAAAAUUUUCGCAUCUAAGUGUACCCUGCUACCUACACGUCUUAUCUAGUACGGAGGGAAAAAGGAUGUACGGAGUAGGCAAUAUCUGUUGUGUUCGAAAUAAUACAAACUUGAUAUAUUUUUUUCAAACAUUAUAUAAUAUAAACAGUAAGUACGUUAUUACAACGUUAAAAACCAAAUACAGUCAGCUGAUUGAAUUGAACGAUAAAAUAAUAAAUUUUAUGGCUAACUAUAGAUUUAUAAAAGAGAAUGAUUUAGAGAUUUAUCAAUAUUGUUCUUAUAUACUGAGGCAGUGUAAUUUAGGCUUUGUUAUGUCAGUCAACUCUGUUCAAGUUAAACCUUGUUAUAUUUAUUCUUGUUACUUUUCUAUUACUGUUAAUUUCCACAAACGUGUGUAUUUGUUGUGAAUUUUAGUACAUUUAUUACUAAGAAACUAAUGUCCGAGAUUAUAUUUUUAUUAGACGAUUUUCAAUUUUUUUUCUAUAAUUUAUCUAAUUAAUUUAUAUAAUUAUUAAAUAUAAUAACGAAAAAACAUAUAGAGAAAUAACUGAUCGAAUUUUAUUAAAGACAGGUGAACGUUUUAACAAGAAUGGGUUAAAAUUUUUCCUAUUAUAUUUUGAAGUUGUUUUUUUAAAAUAUCAAUAUCUAGAUUCAUUAAAUGUUAUAACAUUUUAUGGACUGUGCAAAGCUUUUGAUUUUUGUUGUUAUAAUGCUGUAAAGUGAAUAAUAGAUAUAGAACAAAAGAGCAUUUAAGCCAGUUAUAUUGUGAUUUUGCUGUUACAAUUUUAUAUAUUUCAACACGUUAUCUAUGUAGGGGUUCGCUCUUUCAUUGUUGUAAUUGUUCUUGUUGUACACCUUGUUUGUUGUUUAAUAUUAGAUAAAGUAUGGACGGUUAUUUAUGUCCACAAGUCCAGGCAGGAAGGAGGGGAUAUUUUUCUUUGUAGAUCGAAAUUUUUUUUUCAAAACUUUUAACGGGUAGGUAAGUGAAAAUGUAAAAUCUAGUACUAAUGAUUGAAACAUUUUUCAAUUUGAUAUGCAAAGCAAACACACAUUUUUUAGUGUUUUAAUAUUCAAUUAUUUAAUUCUGCCUGCGCACCGUCACGUGCGCUUGGCAACGACACGCACUCAAUAUGACGUCAAGAAGAUGUUUAAAGAAAGUUACAUAAUUCUACGGGAUUUUAAAAUUUCUUUUACAUUUAAGCAUAAUGAUUGUUUGCUUUUGUAAUUACACACUUGUAUUAAUGGUGUUUAUCUUAUUCAAAUUUAGUCACGUAGACCAGUGAAACCUAUAUAAGACAGCUUUUAAUAUAAAAUUCUAUAUUUCGAAGAUUAGAUUUAAAGCAACAUUGCUUUAACAGUCUAGAAAACCUGUCAUGUUACAUGUUGUCUACCACAUUAACAUAUGGAUCUUGCCGCGAGAUAUUUUGUAAUUGAUUUCAGUUUCAUAUGUUGGAAAGUUAAACGCAAAGAUAUCGAUUGUCUUAAAGCAAAUCGUAUGAAAAAAAUACAGAGUGGCAUGUUGGAAAAAAGAUACCUUCAACGUAGGUUACUAAAAUAUUAAUAUUAAUAAGGUGGCGAUUAAAAAAUGUUUUGAUCCAGUGAUUAGGGUGUUGGCCGCUUCACCCUGAUGUCGUUACUUUGAGCCUCAAUGGAGUCACGACUGCAUUUUCUUUCAUAAGACGUUUUAACGUGCACAGAUACUCAUAAAAUUAUUUUUCUGAAAAGAAUGUAAAUUUGAGUUCUUUCUAUAUAUAGUUUGCAAAAAGCUUCACCUUUUAAAACCUUAAUACGAAUUUUAACUUGAAAGAAGUCAAGUCACAAUCCUUAUAUAAAUCAUAUCGGAGAAAAAUACAUUUUGUGUAAAAAGGGCAUUAUUUUUUACUGAAUUGUUACAUGUUCUGAUUGUAGUGUUGAUUUAGAAGAACGUGUUAAUAUGUGAAUGUUACUUUUAGAAAAAAAAACAUAGUUUUAGCAAUAUGCUAAUUAAAAGGAAUGUUUAGUAAAUGUUAGUGAGAAUCUUUUGCGAAUACGUUUUUCAUUAAGACGCUAUGGAAAUCACCGCGACCCAAUAGACUGAUAAACAAAACAUAACAAUACAUACAUACUAUUGCAUGUGCCAUACAAAUAAUAGACUGAUUGAGACAAAUAAUAUACUGAUUGAAACAGCAAACGCGUCAUUCGAAUAUCUAUAUUCUUUUCGAAAUAAUAAUCAAUUAUUUUUCCUAACUUUGGCCAAUUUUUAUUUUUAUUUUGACUGUGUGCCGGCAGAAAAUUUUCAUUAACACCAACAAAAUGUUUAUUAUAAUUUGUUUCGUUAUUUUGUUGCCAGCGAUUGCGGAUUAGCUUUUUUAUCAGUAUAAUUAUGUGAAGGUAUAUUGAAUGCCAACAAGGAAAAAAUAUGAGACUGUUGUUAGAAAUUACUUUUGCACAGUUUUGAGUAUGAAUAAGAAAAUAUUUGAGCCGUGCCAUGAGAAAACCAACAUAGUGGCUUUGUGACCAGCAUGGAUCCAGACCAGCCUGCGCAUCCGCGCAGUCUGGUCAGGAUCCAUGCUGUUCACUAACAGUUUCUCUAAUUGCAAUAAGCUUUGAAAGCGAAUAGCAUGGAUCCUGACCAGACUGCGCGGAUGCGCAGGCUGGUCUGGAUCCAUGCUGGUCGCAAAGCCACUAUGUUGGUUUUCUCAUGGCAUGGCUCAUUUUGAAAAAAACAAAUGAUAUCAAAAAUUGUAUUGUAUUUUUCAUCAUUUAGUUGUUUGCCCUACAACAAUAUGUGUUAACAUUUUAUGUUAUAUCAGUGUUAGUAUUGCAGUACAUACGUGUUAUAUCAGAUUGUUACAAACAUAGUUUCUCCUGAUAUACCUUAACAUCUGUCAGCCUUAGCAUUAUAUCAAUUACAACAUUUAUUUUCUUCAUUGCCAGGCUACCAAUUAUUGACAUUUGCCACUGAAAAAGAACAUACCUGGUUUCACAAAUUUUCUGUUUAAACGUUUUUCUCAUAACUGUCUCUAAAGUAAAAAUAGUAUAUUUAACAACCAUGCUGAGUGUGUUAUUCCUUUAAUCGGUUGCCGCCUAUGCUUCGAGGAGAGGCAAAUAUUAUUAAAGAUACUCGGACUGGGUGUUAUUAUAUUUUCUGACCCUUUAGCAUCAUGGAGAAUAUUCAUUUGUACUGGUAAUAAAAUUCCUCUUAGGUCUGUGCUAGGGGUCAUGAGAGGUGUUGCACAUUUUAUAAUCUUUCAGGAACAGACUCAUUCGGACAGAGACUGAUAUCAUGUUACUUGUUUGCAUUCUAUGCUUCCAAGGGCUCAUUUUAAAGAUUAUACACCAGUUGCAUUAGAGCAUACAAGCGCACAGAUCAUUUUAUUCUUCUGUGUUUCCAUGAUGGUAAUUAAAAAAAAUUGCACUGAAAAUACAAUUAGCUGUCUUGUGAGCACAGUUGCAAAUUGAUAGUGACAUUUAGGUUAAUGCCCUAACAUUUUAUUGAAACAAUGUAGUUGGUGCAUUAAGUCAAGUUUAAACUAUCUCUUUGUUUCCUAAGUGUUAGAUAGUUUUUCAGCUUUGUUUUUGAUCUUUUAAAGGUAAUAAAAGCUGAAAGGAGCUAGAAAAUGAAAACACAUAAAUUCGGGAAGGGCCUUAAAUUUUUAUCAUUCAUUAUAGCUGUAUUAUAUAAGAAUCAUCAUAAUGAUUUUCAUGAAGUUCGAGUGAGGGUGUGGGGAAUAGGUCAAUAGGUAAUUGUGGGUCUUGAACAUUGCAACACUAUUGUAUAUCGUUUUUACCUGUUAUUUAAGAAUAUCUGUAUUAUAUUGUUCUUGGGCCUCCGGCGUCGAGUGGUUAACGUCGCUGACUUCAAAUCACUUGCCCCUCAUCGAUGUGGGUUCGAGCCUCACUCGGGGUGUUGAAUUCUUCCUGUGAGGAAGCCAUCCAGCCGGCUUACGGAAGGUCGGUAGUUCUACCCAGGUGCCCGCUCGGGAUGAAAUAAUGCACGGAGGGGCACCUGAGGUCUUCUUCCACCAUCAAGGCUGGGAAGUCGCCAUAUGACCUAUAAUUGUGUCGGUGCGACGUUAAACCCAAAAACAAAUGUUGUGUUUCUUUACGAUUAAUUACAGUAGUUUUAUGUCUUAUUAUCAGUUUUACAACCAUCGUGUGUUACAUUGUUCCUUCACAUUCAUUGUACAAACUUUUUACAUUUCAUUGUUUCUUCACUAUCAUUUAUAGUUGUAUAUGUUCUUUCAUAAUUAUCAUUUUUCACAACCAGCGUGUGUUACAUUUGUUUCUUCAUAAUUACAAAAUGUGUGUGUUAUACUUUGUCCUUACAGUUAUUUUGCAAAAUGUGUGUAUUAUAUUGUUUCUUCACAACUAUUUUGUUUGUAUUAUAUUUUUUUCUUUACAAUUACGAAUUUAACAACAUUUGUGAAUUCCGUUGUGUCUUUAAAGUUACAAAUGUUACAGUUCAAUGCUUUUAAGAAUCUUCAAUAAGGAAUCGUAUCUCUAAAAUGCAGUUAAUCUUUUUUAUUUCUAUCAGCAUUAUAGGUUUCAGUGAAAUAUUUGUCCUCCUUUAAAUUGUAGGAGAAUUGUUGUUAAUAUCAUUACUGUUCAAACAAAUGUGUUUAUUUGAAAUGUCGGAAAACGUUAACGAUAUAUUAUGCCCAAAUUUCAUGUUUAAAGUUAUCAACAAUUACUAAACAGUAUUUAUUUAGAUAUAGAAAUUACAAUGUUUGUAUAUAUAAAGUGCACUCACUGUAUGUCAUAUCUAAAUACUACAUAUGUAUAGGUAAACACAGUAUGAACAGGCCGUGAAAUUAAGUGAAAGAUGGACGUAGUAUGUAUUUAACGUAAUCGUAUUAAAGAUGAGAAUUCUA